AUGCUCAGGACCUCGGGGCUGGCCCUGCUGGCUCUGGUCUGUGCUGUGGGCUCAAGCCAGGCCAGUGGCUUCACAGAAAAAGGCCUCUCCCUGUUGGGCUACCGGCUGUGCAGCUACCGUGUGACCCACACUGUGCAGAAGGUGGAGGCUGUGCAGACGUCCUACAUGACCUAUGCGUCCUGCGGUGGCUGGAUCCCCUGGAGGCGGUGCCCCAAGACUGUUUACCGGACCCAGUACCUGGUAGUGGAGGUUCCCGAGUCCAGGAAUGUGACCGACUGCUGUGAGGGCUACGAGCAGCUCGGCCUCUACUGUGUCUUGCCUCUGAAUCAGUCCAGGGAGUUCACAUCAAGACCCGGGGUCUGCCCCGCAGAGGGGCCUGAACCAUCCACCUCCCCCUGCAGCUUGGACACCGACUGUCGUGGACUUGAGAAGUGCUGCCCCUGGUCAGGGGGGCGCUGCUGCAUGGCCCCUGCACCCCAAGCUCCAGAGAAGGGCCCCGUGGGCUCCUGGUACAACGUCACCAUACUGGUGAAAAUGGACUUCAAGGAACUCCAGCAAGUGGACCCCAGGCUCCUGAACCACAUGCGCCUUCUGCAUUCCUUGGUCACCAGCGCCCUGCAACCAAUGGCCUCCACCAUCCACCACCUGCACUCGGCCCCUGGGGACACCUCCACCACGGUGUCACGGCUGCUGCUGGGCCUGCUGCAGCCACUGCCUGUGGCCGAUGUCUCUGCCCUGCUGGGUGACAUUGCGAAGCGUGUCUAUGAAGUGAUCAGCGUCCAGGUGCAAGAUGUCAAUGAGUGUUUCUACGAGGAGCUCAACGCCUGUUCUGGAAGGGAACUGUGCGCAAACCUGGAGGGCUCGUACCAGUGCGUCUGUCACCAGGAAGCUCCAGCCACGUCUCCGCGGAAGCUCAACGUGGAGUGGGAAGAUUGUCCUCCACUCAGUGACUACGUGGUCCUCAACGUCACCAGUAGCAGUUUUCAAGUAUCCUGGCGUUUAAAUUCUACGCAGAACCACACUUUCCACGUCUGGGUUUACCGGGGUACGGAGUUGCUCAUGAGUGCCAGGACACAGGGCCAGGCACUGGCAGUGGCUGGGCUGGAGGCUGGAGUGCUGUACAGGGUGAAGACCAGCUACCAGGGGUGUGGGGCCAACGUCUCCACCACGCUGACUGUCAAAACUGAUGCCCAGGUAUUUGAAGUCACAAUAAAGAUUGUAAACCACAACCUGACAGAGAGGUUACUCAACCACAGCAGCAUGGAGUUCCAGGACUUUUCUAGACAACUGCUUCACGAGGUCGAGAGCUCCUUCCCGCCGGCGGUGUCUGACUUGUACCGAGGUGGGAAACUGAGAAUGCAGAUCGUGUCUCUCCAGGCAGGAAGCGUGGUCGUGAGGCUCAAGCUCACCGUGCAGGACCCUGGGGUUCCCGUGGGUGUCUCCACGCUGGCCCCCAUGCUCCGGCCCCUGUUGGCAAGUACGGUGUUCCAGAUUGACCGGCAGGGGACACGUGUGCAAGACUGGGAUGAGUGUGUGGACAGCACAGAGCACGAUUGCUCGCCGGCUGCCUGGUGUAUCAACCUGGAGGGCUCCUACACCUGCCAGUGCCGCACCACCAGGGACGCCACCCCUUCCCGCGCGGGCCGGGCCUGUGAGGGUGACCUGGUGAGCCCCACGGACAAUGGGCUGUCUGCGGCGACAGGGGUAACGGCCCCAGCUCUUGGCACGGGAACAGCAGCCCUCGGCCUAGAGAACUUCACCUUGUCACCCAGCCCUGGGCACCCUCAGGGCACCCCGGCAGCAGGCCAGGACUGGGCCCCAGGGCCCCCGCCCAGGAGAGGAGGCAGCAGUGUGGUCGGGUAUGACAGGAACAGCACAGGAAAAGGCAAGGAGCAGGAGGCGCCCAGCACUGCCCUGGGUCUGGGGAUGGACCAGGGGAGUCCCAGCGAGGUGAACCCCAGCCAGGGGAGCCUCAGACAGGCGAGCCCCAGCCAGGGGAGCACCAGCCAGGGGAGCACCAGCCAGGGGAGCCUCAGACAGGCGAGCCCCAGCCAGGGGAGCACCAGCCAGGGGAGCACCAGCCAGGGGAGCCUCAGACAGGCGAGCCCCAGCCAGGGGAGCACCAGCCAGGGGAGCCUCAGACAGGGGAGCCCCAGCAACCCCAGCCAGGGGAGCACCAGCCAGGGUAGCCCCAGCCAGGUGAGCCCCGGUCAUAGGAACACUAUUGGGGUGAUAGGCACCACCUCCUCCCCGAAGGCUCCUGGGUCAACCCACAGCUUCCCUCCUGGGGCCACAGAUGGCCCACUGGCCCUCCCUGGACAGCUACUGGGAAACUCCACCAUGGAGCCACCCUCCUGGCUUCCCCCUACUGAGGACCCCACCGGCCACGUCGUGUGGCAUGCCACCCGUUCCACCUGGGAAACACUUCUGAAUCCCACGUGGCUGCAAAAUGAGGACAGUGGACCCUCCAGUUCUGCAGACCUGCCAUCGACCCCCACCCUCACACCUCUGAAGACCCCCGCCUGUGUUCCCGUCUCCAUUGGGAGGAUCGUGGUCUCCAAUGUGACCAGCACAAGCUUCCACCUGGCGUGGGAGGCAGGCCUUGCUUUGGACUCCGCCUUCCAGCUCACUCUGACUUCCGCAUGGAGCCCCACCGUGGUCCUGGAGACCUGGAACACGAGUGUGACCGUGUCGGGGCUGGAGCCUGGCGUCUUGCACCUGGUUGAGAUCGUGGCCAAAGCAUGUGGGAAAGAAGGUGCCAGAGCUCAUCUGAAAGUGAGGACAGCGGCCCGGAAGCUCAUUGGAAAGGUCAGAAUCGCAAAUGUCAGAUACUCAGAAUCCUUUCGCAACGCAGGCAGCCAGGAGUAUCGAGAUUUCCUAGAACUGUUCUUCAGGACGGUGCGGGGCUCCCUGCCAGCCACGCUGCGUCAGCACAUGGACGCCGGCGGGGUCAGGAUGGAAGUCGUCGGCGUCACCAAUGGCAGCGUCGUGGUGGAGUUUCACUUGCUGAUAAUCGCAGAUGUGGAUGUCCAGGAGGUGUCAGCUGCAUUCCUCACCGCCUUCCAGACCGUGCCUCUGCUGGAGGUGAUCAGAGGCGACACCUUCAUACAGGAUUACGAUGAGUGUGAGAGGAAGGAGGACGACUGUGUGCCCGGAACAUCCUGUCGAAACACCCUCGGGUCUUUCACUUGUAGCUGUGAGAGAGGAGCCCCUGAUUUCCCUGUGGAAUAUUCUGGCAGACCCUGUGAAGGUGACUCUCAUGGCAACGAAACCUGGGCCACCAGCCCAGAGAGGCCUCUCACCACAGCAGGGACCAAGGCUGCCUUUGUUCAAGACACCAGCCCCACCCCACAAGGCCUGCCCCGGCGGCUGAACCUGACGGGAGCCGUCAGGGUGCUCUGUGAGAUCGAGAAGGUGGUUGUCGCCAUCCAGAAGCGCUUCCUGCAGCAGGAAUCCAUCCCUGAGUCCUCGCUGUACCUGAGCCACCCCUCCUGCAACGUGAGCCACAGCAAUGGCACACACGUGCUCCUGGAGGCCGGCUGGAGCGAGUGCGGGACCGUCAUGCAGAGCAAUGUGACGAACACCGUGGUGAGGACCACGCUGAGGAACGACCUGUCCCCGGAGGGCAUCAUCCACCACCUGAAGAUCCUGAGCCCCAUCUACUGUGCCUUCCAGAAUGAUCUGCUGACGUCCUCCGGCUUCACCCCGGAGUGGGGGGUUUACACCAUCAUUGAGGACCUCCACGGCGCUGGAAAUUUUGUUACCGAAAUGCAGUUGUUUAUCGGGGACUCUCCCAUACCUCAGAAUUAUAGCGUGUCUGCCAGUGACGACGUCAAGAUCGAAGUGGGGCUCUACAGGCAGAAAAGCAACCUCAAGGUGGUCCUGACGGAGUGCUGGGCAACCCCGUCCAGCAACGCCCGGGACCCGGUCACCUUUAACUUCAUUAACAACAGCUGCCCGGUGCCCAACACAUACACCAGCGUGAUUGAGAAUGGCAACUCCAGCAAGGCUCAGUUCAAGCUGAGAAUCUUUUCCUUUAUCAACAACUCCAUCGUCUACCUGCACUGCAAACUCCGCAUCUGCAUGGAAUCCCCCGGGGCCACGUGCAAAAUCAAUUGCAAUAACUUUCGGUUGCUGCAAAAUAGUGAAACCUCUGCCACACACCAGAUGUCCUGGGGACCCCUCGUCAGGUCUGAAGGUGAGCCUCCACGUGCAGAAGCAGGCCUGGAUGCCAGUUAUUUGGUCCUCCUUGUGGUGGCCAUCUUUACACUGGUGGCGGGGGCAGCCACCCUUCUGAUUGUGCACUACCGGAGAAUGAAUGGGAGAUACAACUUUAAAAUCCAGUCCGACAACUUCAACUACCAGGGGUUCUACGAAUAGGAGGCGCAAGCUGACAGGAAGGUGGGUGCGGAGUGGGGGCGUCUGAUAUGCGUGUCCUGCCUUGGCCACCCACGGUGAUGGGGACGGCAGAGCGGGAUUUGGCCUAAGGGUGGAUUUGUGUAUGUGUCUGGGUUUUGUGGCCCUUUACGGGGCGUGCAGCCUCCCUUCUGAGAA